UCCGUCACUUCCGGCCAGGCUGUCAUGGCGGCGCUCGCAGUUCUCCGUCAGCCGGAGGGCGGCUUCAGUUUCCAGAACUGCCGGAGGAAUGCCUUCAUUGAAGCUCAACUUACCAAGCAAGGCUUGAAAGUUCUUGAAGCAAGGAAGACUGGUACUACUAUUGCUGGGGUUAUAUUUAAGGAUGGUGUAAUUCUGGGUGCUGAUACCAGAGCAACUGAAGGAAUGGUUGUCGCAGAUAAGAACUGCUCCAAGAUUCACUACAUUGCGCCUAACAUUUAUUGCUGUGGUGCUGGUACUGCUGCAGACACAGAGAUGACCACUCAGCUGAUCUCGUCCAACAUGGAGCUCCACUCAUUGUCCACUGGGCGCCUUGCCCGUGUAGCUACUGCAAACCGCAUGCUGAAGCAAAUGCUGUUCAGAUACCAAGGAUACAUUGGUGCAGCACUAGUACUUGGUGGAGUAGACUGUACUGGCCCCCAUCUUUACAGCAUUUAUCCACAUGGAUCAACUGAUACAUUGCCAUAUGUAACUAUGGGUUCUGGGUCUUUGGCAGCAAUGGCAGUAUUUGAAGAUCGAUACAAACAGGAUAUGGAGGAAGAAGAAGCAAAGCAGCUUGUCCAGGAUGCCAUUGCUGCUGGAAUUUUCAGUGACCUCGGGUCCGGGAGUAACAUCGAUUUGUGUGUGAUAACAAAGAAUAAGAUGGACUACCUAAGACCACAUGAUAUUGCCAAUAAAAAGGGUGUAAGGCAAGGCAACUACAAGUACAGGAGGGGUGUAACAGGAGUCCUAACACAGUCGGUUACUCCACUGGAACUCGAAAUGGUGGAGGAAGUUGUGCAUACAAUGGACACGUCCUGAAGAACCUGACCAUCGUUCUUUUUUAACCGCUCUGAUGUGGAUGUCCAGAAGAUCAUAUGUACAUUGAAAGAAUAAGUGUAAUAACAGGAGACGUGUUCAAUUUUUUUUUUGCAAAUAAAGUUGGUCUCCCA